AUGUUCACUGUCCGCUUCCUCCGGGACUCCUCGGUGAACGACAGCCUGCUGGACUCUCUCUCUCCCGCCGAUCAGAAUGGAUUCAGCCGCGCGGGAUACACUGUGGUCGCGGUGGUUUUGGGAACAAUCUUCGUUUUCGGUUUCCUCAGUAACUUUGUCGUUCUUUUGGUGUUCGCUCGUUUUCAUGUACUGAGGACCCCGAUUAACUUAAUACUGUUGAACAUCAUUGUGAGCGAUAUGCUGGUUUGUCUGUUCGGUACACCUUUAAGUUUCGCCGCGUCCGUUCACGGCCGGUGGCUGACGGGAGUUCACGGAUGCAGGUGGUACGGUUUUGCCAACGCGCUGUUCGGUAUUGUUUCACUGGUAUCCCUUGCUGUGCUGUCAUACGAGCGUUACAGUACCAUCCUCUGCUGCUCCAAAGCAGAUGCAUCUGACUAUAGGAAGGCUUGGCUUUUCAUCACAGGUUGCUGGCUGUACUCUCUGCUGUGGACAGUACCACCGCUCUUGGGCUGGAGCAGCUACGGUCCCGAGGGUCCCGGCACCACCUGUUCAGUCCAGUGGAACCAGCGCUCUCCGGAAACCCGGUCUUACGUCAUCUGCCUCUUUGUAUUCUGUCUUCUGUUGCCUCUCCUUCUGAUGGUCUACUGCUACGGCAAGAUCCUCAUUGCCAUUCAUGGGGUUGCUAAGAUCAAUCAGACAGCUGCACAGCGGAGGGAAACACACGUGCUGGUGAUGGUGGUCUCCAUGGUGUCCUGUUACCUGCUCUGCUGGAUGCCGUACGGGGUCAUGGCAUUGCUCGGCACAUUCAGCGCUGGCAUUACCAGCCCCACAGCCAGCAUCGUGUCAUCCUUACUUGCAAAGAGUAGCACCGUUCUGAACCCCAUCAUCUAUGUAUUGUUCAAUAAUCAGUUUUACAGGUGCUUUAUAGCAUUACUAAGAAGCGGAGCAGAACCUCCAGUUCAUCUCACACUUCACACAGAGGAAGGUGCUGCUCAACAACACUGCAUCCCUAUGGGAUUAUAUGCUGCUACCUCUCCACCUGAGAGCCCAAGCCAGAUAGACACCCCCCAAAUGACCCAGAAUUCUUCACUACAAAGAGGUAACAAGACUUUGGUGCUUGUGGUGCACUGUACUCCAUAAAAACACUCGAUAUGGAAGUUUAGUCCAUGCUAAACCAUAUGAGGAUACAGAAACGUGCCAUAUACUUGUUUUUAAGGAGGAUAUUGUAACACUAUAUAUUUUGUCUCACAGUUUUCUGCUUUAUAUGUGCUGUGUAGGUAUUAUUAUUUUUAUUUUGACUAUUUAAAUUUGUUUCAGAGUUUGCAUGUAAUAAUUGCCACCAGGUGUCAGUGUUUGUUCAACUUAAAACAAUGUGACCUGAGCUGUAGUGUCUGUAGUGUUUACAUCAAUUUAAUAACAUAAUUGUCUUAGGAUGCAUCAGUCAAACUACAUCUUAGUCUUUCGAAAAUAUAUGAUGAGAAUUGGUAGCAUAUUCAAUACAUUGGUUGC